AGAUCAAAUUCAAAGAUUUAUUCUUUUUCACAAAUUAAUGCAAGCAGUAUAUAAAUUAUAUUCACCAUAUAUGAAAAAAAACUUUUGAUUAGAUAGCUCUGAAGAAAAAUAUGAAUUAUUGUGAGAGAAAAAGGAAUAGUCCAAAAUGAUUAAUAACAAAUUAAAAACGUACACUUCCAUUGAUGGAUUGUCUGUUUUCUUCAUCUUCACCGCCGUCAGAGAAACUAGUGGUUUUUGAAUCAAUUUUAAAAACACCACAUUCCUAGGUGACAAACAAAAAAACAUGAGAGAGAGAGGUGGUGAUCGUCGGGGCCGGGAAAGAAGGACGGUACAAAGUAUUGAGCAUGUAAGAUCCAACAGAAGAUUUCAACAGAGAUGGACUGAAACAGUGGAACAGAGGAGAACAGAUUAUGCCCAGGAGCAACAACAGAAGCAGAGGAUAGGAGGAACAUACGACAGGGGCUUGUACAAACAAGCCACACCUUAUUUCUUCACAAAUUUCCCAGAUGAAUGGUGUUAUGCAGAUAUGUGGAGAACUUUUUUGAAGUUUGGAAGAGUGUUUGACAUUUACUGUCCAAAUAGGAAAAGCAGAAACGGAGGAAGGUUCGGCUUUGUAAGGUUCUUGGACGUGAAGGACAAGAGGGAGUUGGAAAGGCAACUGGACCAAAUUUGGGAAAAAUUCUACAUGGAAGGAUACUUUUGGUGCCACAUCCGAGCAAUGGGAGGUAAAAUGGUGUUACUUGACAGUGAUGACAAAGAGGAGUUGAAGGACUUGGUGGAGAUGGCUUCAGAGUGGCUAACACAAUGGUUUGAAGGUGUUAAACCGUGGACUCUAGACAUGGUUGCUACAGAGAGAUAUGCAUGGAUUAGAUGCCAAGGGAGUGAUUCUGAAGAGCACGAGUCAUGGUCUGUUGACAGUGAGGAGGAAGAAGAUGUCCAGGAGGCUAUAGUAGAGGAAGAACAGGCGAACGAAGAAGAUGGUGAAACAGAAAAUGAAGAUAAUGGCGUGGCGAGUGAGGGUGUGAUGAUCAACAGUAAAAUUAGAAAUAAAGAUGAACAGAAGAAGGAAAUGACAUCACAAGGGCGGAUUGAUAGCAUUGACCAAUUUCAAAUUUUGAAUGAUGAGGGUAGCGUAGGGAUAGGGAAGUUGAUGCAGAAGCAUGGGAAAGCUACAGAGUUAGACGUGGUUGAAGAAGUAAAAGAAGCUCAAGUGGGCCAGUGUGAGCAGAUCAAUUCGAAGCAGCAGGGGAAGCCCAUCAUAAUAGGUGAAAGCCCAGAGUAUGAGCAGUCAACAAACAUGGGCCAUCCGAACAAUAUAAGACCAGAUAGAAGCCCAAGCCAUGGAAAGAGCAGUGGUAUCUCUAAAAUUAGUUUGAUGAAGAUUGGAAGCAGCGAUGGUGAAGAAGUAGAUCUAUUUUGGAAAGGGCAUGAGAUUAAUGAGGCUCGGUUGCAAAAAUGGAUGAAGGACCGAACGGAGACAAAACCAAAGAAGAAAAAGAAGAAAAUUAGUUUGUGUAGCACGGUGUACCGAAAAUCAGCAAACGUUGGUAGAGGAAAAAACAGCAAGACGCAAAUGGAGGGGAGACAAAGCCGGAGUUUAUUGCAAGCCCAAAUGACAAAAUUGCAGAUGACUCAAUUGGGGAUAGUGGGAUUCAGAAUUGCAACAGAUUAUUGCAGAAGCAAAUGAGAAAUCAACUUGCAAAGGAGAUUUGGGAGUUGGCAAAGAGGAAGAGAUUAUGAGUUGUAUAGAAGAAAUGGAGAGCAGAGAUAGACAAUCAAAGGCAAGCAUGGUGAACCAAGAUGCGAGUGACGUAGAGAAGGUAAGAAAUACUGCUGAUGAUA